UUAAAGGGCUCCAGAGAAGCCAGCCACAGCGGAGGGAGCGAGAAGGGAUAAUGGCUACUUCAGAGCUGAGCUGCCAAGUGUCUGAGGAGAACCAGGAACGCCGGGAAGCCUUCUGGGCAGAGUGGAAAGAUCUGACUCUGUCCACCCGGCCGGAAGAGGGGUGCUCCCUGCAUGAGGAGGACACACAGAGACAUGAGACCUACCACAGGCAGGGACAGUGCCAGGCGGUGGUGCAACGCUCGCCCUGGCUGGUGAUGCGCCUGGGUAUCCUCGGCCGUGGGCUGCAGGAAUACCAGCUGCCGUACCAGCGGGUGCUGCCGCUGCCCAUCUUCACCCCCACCAAGGUGGGAGCUGCCAAGGAGGAACGCGAGGAGACCCCCAUCCAGCUGCGGGAGCUGCUGGCACUGGAGACAGCUCUGGGCGGCCAGUGCGUGGAGCGCCAGGACGUGGCUGAGAUCACCAAGCAGCUUCCCCCAGUGGUGCCUGUCAGCAAACCCGGGACCCUGCGGCGUACCCUGUCUAGAUCCAUGUCUCAGGAAGCUCAGAGAGGCUGAGAUGGACUGGGACUCAGGCUCCACUGCGUCUGCCUUGGGCUCGGCCCUUCCUGGUUAGGACCAUGGAGGAGAGCUGCUGGCCAUGGCUGCUUUGUAGUUUGCCCAGAGGUGGGGGCUGUGGGAGGAGGGAGCCAGAGGCCAGGAUGCCUAGGUGUCCUGAGUCCCCAAAGGGAGGGGAGCAAGAAUGGUGGGCCCUAGAGGUGGAGGGCUGAGCACCCUCAGCCCCAGAAGAAAGGACAAGAGAUACUGGUGAGGCCAAGAGCCCCGGGAAACAGUGACCUGUUCAGUUAGAGACGGAGUAGGAUGAGGAAGCGACGUGGAAUGCUCUGGAAAGGAUGCUUGAGGAUUCCAGGGAGGGGGAUGUGAAGAGGGCAGAGGCAGGGCAGGCCCCCAGCACCCUCUGUUAGCACUGCAAUAAAUGCUCAACCAUG